CCACUAGACACAACACAACAGAACAGAACACAGUUUGUGUAAGUGAGUUAACUAGUGUGACUACGAUUCACUCACUUCACACUUCACACUUCACACCAUCGAUCAUCGAACCCUAAUUAAAUUCACACUGAACUCAGAAGACCAUUCGAAAUGGGAGAUCCAUCGGAGACGAUGGGAUCGGAAGGUUUUGAUUCUCGCACCGCCGCCGACCUCUGCAUGGAAAUCGAUCCGCCAUUUCAGGAAAACGCGGUAACCGCCGAGGAUUGGCGGAAAGCGCUCAACAGAGUCGUCCCCGCCGUCGUCGUCCUCCGCACCACCGCCACUCGCUCAUUCGAUACUGAGUCCGCCGCCGCCAGCUACGCCACCGGCUUCAUCGUUGAUAAGCGCCGCGGUAUUAUCCUCACCAAUCGCCAUGUUGUCAAGCCAGGACCUGUUGUUGCAGAAGCCAUGUUUUUGAACCGUGAAGAGGUGCCGGUGCAUCCGAUAUACAGAGAUCCGGUACAUGAUUUUGGAUUCUUUCGGUAUGAUCCGAGUGCUAUACAAUUUCUAAACUAUGACGAGAUACCACUUGCUCCUGAGGCUGCAAGUGUUGGACUAGAAAUCAGAGUUGUUGGUAAUGAUAGUGGAGAGAAGGUUUCCAUUUUGGCGGGUACUCUUGCUCGUUUGGAUAGGGAUGCUCCUCACUAUAAGAAGGAUGGGUAUAAUGACUUCAACACAUUCUAUAUGCAAGCUGCAUCUGGGACCAAAGGAGGAUCAAGUGGUUCCCCAGUUAUAGAUUGGCAAGGCAGGGCAGUGGCCCUGAAUGCUGGGAGCAAGUCAUCAAGUUCAUCAGCAUUCUUUUUACCAUUAGAACGAGUUGUAAGGGCAUUAAGGUAUCUUCAAAAGGACAAUGAAACUUAUGUUGAUAAAUGGAAGGCAGUUUCUAUUCCUCGUGGCACACUUCAGGUGACGUUUCUUCACAAAGGGUUUGACGAGACUCGCCGGCUUGGUCUUAGAAGUGAGACGGAGCAGAUAGUACGCCAUGCUUCUCCAGCCAGUGAGACUGGAAUGCUUGUUGUGGACUCUGUGGUGCCAGGCGGCCCAGGUUAUAAACAUUUGGAACCUGGUGAUGUACUUGUUCGAGUCAAUGGGGAGGUCACUACUCAAUUCCUUAAACUGGAGAUUGUACUUGAUGACAGUGUAAACUCAAAUAUUGAAUUACAAAUUGAAAGGGGUGGAGCAUCAAAGAGUUUAACUUUGUUGGUGCAAGAUUUGCACUCAAUAACUCCUGAUUAUUUCUUAGAAGUUAGUGGGGCAAUAAUACAUCCUCUUUCUUAUCAGCAGGCUAGAAACUUCCGCUUCAAUUGUGGUCUUGUUUAUGUGACUGAACCAGGAUAUAUGCUCUUUAGAGCAGGAGUUCCUCGUCAUGCAAUAAUAAAGAAGUUUGCCGGUGAAGAAAUAUCUUGUCUUGAGGAACUUAUAUCUGUUCUCUCUAAGCUAUCUAGGGGUGCUCGUGUACCAUUGGAGUAUAUAAGCUAUAUGGACCGUCAUAGAAGGAAGUCUGUGUUGGUGACAGUUGAUCGUCAUGAAUGGUAUGCACCACCUCAGAUAUACACUCGUGAUGACAGUACUGGCCUCUGGAUUGCUAAGCCGGCCUUUCUGCCUGAUUCGCUUUAUCUAUCAUCUCGUGCUAAAGAUGUUGGAAAUCCAGCCAGACAGCCAGUUUCACUAUCUGGUGAGCAUGCAUGUGGGAGACAUAUGUCUGAAGGUAACAAUUGUGAGUUGGUUGAUGGUGUCACUAGCAUGGAAACCAAUCAUGAAGAUCCUUCAGAGUAUGUAUCUCACCAUAAUGCAUCUGACGGCGUGGUUAAAAAACGGAGAGUAGAUGAAGAUUUAUCAACUGAUGGAAGUGCUGUUGCUGAUUCUUCCUUAAAUGAAACCCAGGAAACUAAGCUAGAAAAAUCAAGCAUUAUACAGGAUGAUGGGUUAAUGGACUACCAAGGUGCAACGGCUGCCACUGCAAAUUCAUCUGUUGCUGAACGUGUGAUUGAGCCUACUCUUGUGAUGUUUGAGGUUCAUGUUCCUCCAUCUUGUAUGCUUGAUGGUGUUCAUUCGCAGCAUUUUUUUGGGACGGGUGUCAUAAUAUAUCACUCUCAUGAUAUGGGAUUAGCUGCAGUUGACAAAAAUACUGUUGCAAUAUCUUCCUCUGAUGUGAUGCUCUCGUUCGCUGCUUUUCCGGUUGAAAUUCCAGGAGAGGUGGUUUUUCUGCAUCCUGUUCACAAUUAUGCUCUCAUAUCAUAUGAUCCCUCUGCUUUGGGACCUGUUGGUGCUUCAGUAGUCCGUGCUGCAAAGUUACAUCCAGAGCCUGCACUACGUCGAGGGGAUUCUGUUUAUCUUGUGGGGUUAAGUAGAAGCCUUCAAGCAACUUCUAGGAUAUCAGUUGUUACCAAUCCUUGUGCUGCAUUGAAUAUAGGAUCUGCUGAUUCUCCACGCUACAGAGCAACCAAUAUGGAAGUAAUUGAGCUUGAUACUGAUUUUGGUAGUACAUUUUCGGGUGUGCUCACAGAUGAACAAGGAAGAGUCCGAGCUAUAUGGGGAAGCUUCUCUACUCAGAAGAAGAAAAAGAGAAGAAAGGGGAAAAUUGGAAAGAGAAGAGAGAAGGCAAUAUUUGCUCAAACUUCAAAUGGCUACCUCAUGUUGAAAUUUGGUGGCAGUACAUCAGAAGAUCAUCAAUUUGUGAGGGGUAUUCCGAUUUAUGCAAUAAGUCAGGUCCUUGACAAGAUUGUUUCUGGUGCAAACGGGCCACCUCUUCUCAUAAAUGGUGUCAAAAGACCUAUGCCUCUUGUCAGAAUUCUAGAAGUUGAACUUUAUCCAACGUUACUUUCAAAGGCUCGGAGUUUUGGACUAAGUGAUGAUUGGAUUCAGGCGCUUGUUAAGAAGGAUCCAAUAAGACGACAGGUUUUACGUGUUAAAGGUUGUUUGGCUGGAUCAAAGGCUGAGAACCUUUUAGAGCAAGGGGACAUGGUUUUAGCAAUCAAUAAAGAACCAGUCACCUGUUUCGGUGACAUAGAAAAUGCUUGCCAAGCUUUAGACAAAUCUGAUGCCAAUGAUGGGAAGCUUAAUCUGACUAUUUUCCGGCAGGGACGAGAGGUUGAACUUCUUGUGGGAACAGAUGUUAGGGAUGGAAAUGGAACGGCUCGUACAAUUAAUUGGUGUGGUUGUGUUGUUCAAGAUCCACAUCCAGCAGUACGUGCACUUGGAUUUCUUCCUGAAGAAGGUCAUGGUGUAUAUGUUGCCAGGUGGUGUCAUGGGAGUCCUGUACAUAGAUAUGGUCUCUAUGCUCUUCAGUGGAUAGUUGAAAUAAAUGGAAAACCAACACCAAAUAUAGAUGCUUUUGUUGCUGUGACAAAGGAACUGGAGCAUGGAGAGUUUGUUCGUAUAAGGACAAUUCACCUCAAUGGGAAGCCACGAGUCUUAACAUUGAAGCAAGACUUGCACUACUGGCCUACAUGGGAAUUGAGGUUUGAUCCAGACACUGCAAUUUGGCGUCGUAAGAUAAUCAAGGCAUUGAGUUGCACUUCUGUAUGUGAAUAAGAAGAGUAUAUAUUACUGCUACACAUUCAUAUGGACGCAGCAGCAGCAGCACAGGAGCAUCAAGAAUGUGGAAGACUUCUUCCAGGUGCAGACUUGUGAUUGUGUGUAGGUUUGAUGCCCCUUUGUCCAACGAUAUUCUAUCGCAUUGCAACGAUUGACAAGUUACGAAGCAUUCGAUUCCGGCUGGCAAUGAAUUUGGAUUAUGUACGGCAUUGUUUAACCUGUUAGUUGAUUACAUCAUAUACCUGGCAGCUUGGAUAGCAAAAGAAAAAUAUUUAGAUUUGUAUGACAUAUACACAUAUAUUUAUCGUAUUAACGACAAAAAAUAACUUCUUUGGUUUA